AUGCUUUCUCUCAAAAAGGCCAUCGUCGGUAGCAAGAACAAUUCCAAGGUUGAUUCUGAAGAGAGUGUUUCAGGACACACCAUGAGCUCCACUGGAAGUAGCGACAGCAAGCAGAGCCGAAAGAAUCGCAAGACCAACAUGAUGGCAGACAUUAGCGAAUUGGGCCAUGAAAGCACCAUUGGUUCUCGCAAGAAGACACACAAGCACGGAGCCUCCAAGGAAGAAAUUGACUUCUUUUUGAAUAUGGACAAGAAGCAACUGCUGGAAAGGCUGGGACAAGUCGCUAUCGAAGAUGAAGUAACAACCAAGAAGUCAUCGAAGAAGAAGUCCAGGAAAUCGAUUAGAAGCAGAGAAACACCUGCCAGUGCACUUCUAAGGCAUUUGGAAGAGGGGCUAUGA